GCUGCAGGGGCAGCGCAUACACUACAAUGGCUGCUGGAAAGAGGCGUAAGGAAACAAUUUCCAGGCCCGCCGCGUCCAGCCCGAAAUAUGAGAAAAAAAUUAUUAGAAAUUCCGCGGGCGGUGUAAAGGCGGCGGACGGGCCGGAGGGAGGAUGUUAAAGCCCCGCGAUCGGCCAAAAUGGGAAGGACUGGAUUCCGCUCUCUUCCACGAAGAGUCAAUGGGACUGGCUAAGAUCAAGGUCUGAGGCUUUUUCCAUCUGUCAUCAGUCCCUUUUUGCUUUCUUUUACGACCACAUGAAACUUGAGAAGCCACCUAAAGCUAAAUCAUUUAGUGGAGUUGGGCAGUUCCCAAGUGUCCAACAAGAAGGCCUGCUUUAGGCUGCGAUGGCCACUGUCAUUCCUGGUGAUUUGUCAGAAGUAAGAGAUACCCAGAAAGUCCCUUCAGGGAAACGUAAGCGUGGUGAAACCAAACCAAGAAAAAACUUUCCUUGCCAACUGUGUGACAAGGCCUUUAACAGUGUUGAGAAAUUAAAGGUUCACUCCUACUCUCACACAGGAGAGAGGCCCUACAAGUGCAUACAACAAGACUGCACCAAGGCCUUUGUUUCUAAGUACAAAUUACAAAGGCACAUGGCUACUCAUUCUCCUGAGAAAACCCACAAGUGUAAUUAUUGUGAGAAAAUGUUUCACCGGAAAGAUCACCUGAAGAAUCAUCUCCAUACGCACGACCCCAACAAAGAGACGUUUAAGUGUGAAGAGUGUGGCAAGAACUACAACACCAAGCUCGGUUUCAAGCGUCACCUGGCCUUGCAUGCUGCGACGAGCGGCGACCUCACCUGCAAGGUCUGCCUGCAGACUUUCGAGAGCACGGGAGUGCUGCUGGAGCACCUUAAAUCGCAUGCCGGCAAGUCGUCCGGCGGGGUGAAAGAGAAAAAGCACCAGUGCGAGCACUGUGAUCGCCGCUUCUACACCCGGAAGGACGUCCGGAGACACAUGGUGGUGCACACGGGAAGGAAGGACUUCCUCUGUCAGUACUGUGCACAGAGAUUUGGGCGGAAGGAUCACCUGACUCGACACAUGAAGAAGAGUCACAAUCAAGAACUUCUGAAGGUCAAAACAGAACCGGUGGACUUUCUGGAUCCAUUCACCUGCAACGUUUCUGUGCCUAUAAAAGAUGAGCUCCUGCCGGUGAUGUCCUUACCUUCCAGCGAACUGUUGUCAAAGCCAUUCACAAACACUCUGCAGUUAAACCUCUAUAACACUCCGUUUCAGUCCAUGCAGAGCUCGGGACCUGCCCACCAAAUGAUCACGACUUUACCUUUGGGAAUGACGUGCCCGAUAGAUAUGGACGCUGUCCAUCCUUCUCACCACCUUUCUUUCAAAUACCCAUUCAGUUCUACCUCAUAUGCCAUUUCUAUUCCUGAAAAAGAACAGCCACUAAAGGGGGAGAUUGAGAGUUAUCUGAUGGAGCUGCAAGGUGGCGUGCCCUCCUCAUCCCAGGAUUCCCAAGCAUCAUCAUCUAAACUAGGGUUGGAUCCUCAGGUUGGGUCCCUCGAUGAUGGUGCAGGGGACCUCUCCCUGUCAAAAAGCUCUAUUUCUAUCAGUGACCCCCUGAACACGCCCGCCUUGGAUUUUUCCCAGUUGUUUAAUUUCAUACCCCUCAAUGGCCCUCCCUAUAAUCCUAUCUCAGUGGGGAGCCUCGGAAUGAGCUAUUCCCAAGAAGAAGCACAUUCUUCUGUGUCUCAGCUGCCUCCCCAGACACAGGAUCUUCAGGAUCCUGCAAACACUCUAGGGCUCGGCUCCCUGCACUCCCUGUCAGCAGCGUUCACCAGUAGCUUCAGCACGAGCACCACACUGCCACGUUUCCAUCAAGCUUUUCAGUAGGAGUCCAAGACGUGGGCUGAUCACAGAAACCUAUGUGUAGCCCUGCCUUAGAUGACCAUUUUUAUUUUAGUGCCUACUUUAAAACAGCAUAAAAACUUCUGCUUUUGUACAGUACCAAUUUUCAUUAAGCCAGUAUGAAAUAGAAACAGGCUUUAUACAUGAGCUUUGGAACCAUUUGCAUUCAGUUAUGUUUACCUGGGUAUUUUGUCCACACUCACUGCCAAUUGUCAUAUUUUAAGAUGAUUUUUCCUCUAGGAAAGCCAUUAUUAGCAGUAAAGUCUUAUGAGUCCCACGUUUAAAUCGCUUUGAGAUCUUAAAAUUUUCAGUUCUGUCCAAUAACAGUGGCUCUACCUUUUGACAUUUGGCUCAUUAAAGAUGUUUGCGAUAGAAUGUACAUUUUCUAAAAUGUAUAUGAAUAACCUGAGUUUUUAAAUUUUUACUAGUCUCUAAAUGGAUUCUUAAGCAAAUGUUUUCAGAUGAAUUCAGAAUCCAGUUUGGAGAGAUAAUAGAUGUUUCUUAGAUAUACCGUAAUUUCAGGUCAGUAUAUUUUGAAGAUUUUGCUAUUGUCUGGCUCAAAUAUUUGCCGUCUAUAUUAUGCACAUAUAAGGAAAACAAAACCUAAACACAAAGCACCAGUGUUUAUAGCAAAAAGAGACUCCUGGUGAGGUGACACGGCAUUCCAUGUUGCUCAGUAGUUGGCCUAAAACUCAUAUACAGGAUAUUUUGCCACGUUGCAAAGUUGCUCUCUUUCCAGUUUAAUAGUACUCAUCAUGUUACAGCAUCGGAGUCUUCAGAGUCGACAUAUGGCUAGAUCUCUCUCAUCUUGCACGGCCAAAGGGUGGGUCAGGUGCAGCCAGCAAUUCUAUUUUAAUUGUCAGUCCACAGUUAGUCCAGAAUCGAGAGCCACUGUGGAACCACAGAUGUCAGGGGUGUUUAUCCCAGAGUGGACUGUCUCUUCUGUUGUGGGAUAGUCUCCUUAGAAGAAAGAUAGAUGUGUAAAGCACUUGGUUCAGCUUGGGAACUGGUCUAGGGAUCCUGGCCCUUGUUGCCAGGGUUGGAAACUAGACUCUUCAGGAGUAAAGGAAAAGCAUGUUGCUCACAUCACUUCUUGCUGAACUUAAUACAGUUUUCUCUCCCAUAAGAGCCCAAAGCAGAAAACAAAACAAUAGCCCUACCCCUAUGGUAACUUUCUUAUUCCGUGUUGAUUUAUCUUUCCUUGCUCUCUUCGGAUGGAGACUUUAAAAUUAAAUGCAUUAGAAAACUAUAUGAGGAAUGACCACAAGGUUUUAAGCGACUAAAAAUAUAUACAGUAAAACCCCACUUUUACACGUCUCUGGGAAAUUGGGGGAGAGUUGCAAAUCAGUUGAAUUUGUAGAGGGGGGGGAAAUCUAAAGCAAAACAAGCACUGUCUUAGUUAAUGUGAAAGUAACAACCAAGAAUAUUGUGUUCACUGAAUAAAAUAGUUACUGUGGGCUUUCCUCAGAUUAGACAACCACCAUAACCUUUUUGAAGGUCAAAUUACACUUUUCUAAAUAUUGGUUGGGACAUCAGCCUCUGAAACAUAUCUAUUAAGCACUUGUUAACACCUUAUUUUGGGACCCUGUCUUUUGGGGUGGGUAUGAAGGGGAAGGUUUAUAGAAGAGUAUAUAUCUCUUAAAAAAAAAAAAAAAGAAAAAAAUAUUUCUGAGCACUCAUUAGCCCUAUACAGAAGCUUCUUUUUUCAUUAAUAGGGCCAAUUAUCACUGCAGAUUGUGAUGUUUACCAAGAAUUUCUUAAAAAUGAGUGCAGAUUACUGAAUAUAAUACAUUAUUUAAAAUAUUUGGGAGUAGUAUAAUUUGUGGAGAAAUGUAAAUUGUAAUAAUGUAAAUGGGGGUUUCACUAUAUAUAUUAUACACACACACACAUACACACACACACAUACACACAUAUAUCGCACUUCAUAGAAUCAGAGUUGCUCUC